GUGCCUGUCACCCUCCCCUAUCACACACACACACACACACACACACACGCGCACGGUCUAGUGGUGCAGUCUGACUUUAAUGCAGACUUUCUCCAAUGGAAUGGAAGACGAUCCGGGAGUGUGUCGCGCUCACACUUUCACACAAGUUCUGUUUCUCCUCCUGAACCUGCUGUUGUCAGAAUUAUCUCACCCUGAAGCCAAACCGCUGGACUUUGUGUGUGUCAGUGAGGUGAGGAAGGUCAUGAACAAGGUCAAGGAUCUCCAGGAAGAUCUGUCCCAGUGCAGCACUGCAGCAUUUCUCCCUGUUCCAGUCCGAAUUCCCUGCAUCAGGGUUAACAUACGGACCUGGCAAAGCAAACCUAUCCCAGAGCGCAGUGCUGAGAUCCUACAGUCUUUGCGGAUGUUAGCGCAGGAUAUUCACCAGGCCAGGAAUCAAAGCCAAGACCAGUGUGCAGUCAGACUGCUGGAGCGACUCGAGCACAACAUCAACAACUACAUACACACACUCACACGGCUCAAAACACAGAGUGGACUGGAUGGGUUGAAUGCUCCAGACUCUUCUGUUCAGCGUGUCACAAAUCUACAAUUGGUUCUGCAAAUCUUUGACCGUCUGAUCUCCAGAAAACUGGAAUGGCUUGUUAUUGAGAUGGCAAAAGAGUGUGAGACAGAAACAGACAGUUAAAAACCCCCGUGAGAGGCAUCAGGGACAUCAGAACAGAAGGUCAGACACUUAACAGGACGCCUACUGAAGCUGCGUAUAAAUGUGGAGGCGGAGCGCCAUCUGCUGGUGACACUUAUUUAGUCCUGAUGGACAUUUAAAGGAUGCAAAAAAGACUAAAUGGUGUGUUUAAAGUUCUCAGCUGCUUCUGGAACUUUGAUUUAAAUCUGUCAAAUAUAUAAGGUUAUUUUUAUACAGAGAGAAUGUAUUUUGCUUAAUAUCACACUCCUUUUUAAUAACAUGACUCCAUUUACACUUUAUUACAUGUUAAUCUUUUUUCCUGCUUUCAUUAUUUAAAUGCAUCUUUACAUUUCUCUUCUUCUGGUGUUCAUAAAGUUAUACAUUUGAUAUAAAAAGGUUCCUUUACAAGAAUCAGCCAAAAGUCCCCAGAAUGUAAUGUAGAAUGGCUCUGUGUCUGAACUUUCCUUCUUUAUUGUGGUUAAUAAGAAAUAAAAGUUUUGAGCUGUAAGUUUUGAUGUGUAACAUUGCA